ACUGGAGGCGUAUUCUCCUAGAGGCGGAAGCGUUCUGCCCAGGAUCUACUUUUGGGGGUCGUGGUCAUCCAUCACCCAGCCUUGGUGACCUCUGACCGACGUCGGAGGUCGCAUCUCAAACGAGAGGGGCUCCUAUCGGCCCAGAAGAUGUGAUCCUGGGCGAAACAGUCAAUCAUCCCACUCUACACUUUACAUCUUAGAAUGCUGAGCUUCGAUCUUUGAACAGACAAUUCUAAGAUGACAAUUUCAUUACAUGGGACUAUAUAUUAAUGCCCUGAUUUUUUUUAAAAAUAAUACAGAAAUUCAUUUCUUAUAAUGAUAAUUAAUUAUUACCCCUAAUUAGAACACAUUGAGAUUGACAUCUCAUUUCCAAGGGAUCCUGUAAAACAGCAGCAGUAGCACAUAACAGUCAGUUAAAUACAUAAUUAUUGAAAAUAACAAGUGUGCAUACACUUUCUUUUCCCUCAUGGGCCUGAAAAGUAUAAUGCAGGACUUAUUAUUAUUAUUUAUUUCUUCGCUGACACCCUUAUCCAGGGCGACUUACAAUUGUUACAAGAUAUUACAUUACUUUUACAUACAAUUACCCAUUUAUACAGUUGGGUUUUUACUGGAGCAAUCUAGGUAAAGUACCUUGCUCAAGGGUACAGCAGCAGUGUCCCCACGACCCUCCGGUCAAGAGUCCAGAGCCCUAACCACUACUCCAUACUGCUGCCCAGCCUUAAAACAUGUAUACUCCAAAUUGUCAUUUGCACAUUUAUUUUAUAUUAAAAAAAACACCAAAUAAACAUACCAAAACAGAUAUUAACUACUGAGACAUUCAUUUAGUCUAAAGCUGUUUAUUAUUCAUUUCAGAAUUAUUAUUGGUGUUUUUUUCCUUUCAGAAAAGAAAAUUGCACGAAUGACAAUUAAGAGUAAAAACAUCAUUUUUACAGUACCUAACUGAAAACAGAGAUCGUAAACUUCAGUUACAGCUGAUAAUGUGUAAAGCAUGCUAUCAAAAUAAGCCAAUUAUGUUUCUGUAUUAUUUAACUAAAUACUGUACAGAACUGAGCCUUGUUGGUUUAAUUAUUUUUUAAGGUUAGUGAAGGCUGCAGCUGUUGUCUAAAAUUAGCCAUGACAGUCUUUAAAAAGUACAUGGUGCAGCGGUUUGUGAAAUAAUGAAAAGAUGUUGUGUUGUAUAAAACCUAAAUUUUCUGAAACGAGCCUUUUGAUAAUGUGUUUUGCUUUUUAUAUAAAAAAAAAUGUAAAGGGGAAAAGCAGGGUGAAAGAAUCAAGUGAAUUAGGAAGGACAUACUGUUCCAAAUAACAGGAGAACCAUUUUACACUAUUUCUGUUUUGAUUACCGAAUGGCUUUGAUAAUAACACAGACACACUGUAAUAAAUGCAGUAAAUAUACCCUUAAACUUGAAUGCGAUAUGCUUUCACAGAUAAGAGGUACCUGUACCUGUUCUGGAAUAAUUGGUUUUCUUUCCUAUUUCUAGUGGGACUUCUCCUCUGGCAUGUUUAAAUGCAAUGCUACACACCAACUCUCGAGGGGAAGAGGGCAUUUUCUACAAAGUACCCGGUCGUAUGGGAGUCUACACAUUGAAGAUACCACGCGCAGGCCUGUCUGUAACGUGGUGCUCAGCACACAUGCAAAGGACAUAUCAGACAGCGCAAAGAAUUUGUCAGAGGAGGGCUCCGAAGAUAGCAGCGACAAUCUUUCAGAUUCACAGAGCACCGAGAACAACAAUAACAGCAACAAAGACAUGAAGAAGAGCAAGUGGAAACGGAAAGUGCCCUCCAAACUCCAAUCGCAGCCUCCAUCACCUCAGUCCAGAUGCCAGUCGCCCUCCAUUACAGCGAAUAAGGUCAUCUCCCCGUCACAGAAACACUGCAAGAAAGCACUCAAACAGGCCCUGAAGCAGCAGCAGCAGAAGAACCAGCGGAGACAGGGAGCAGUGCCUGCUUCCUCGAACCCACGACUCCUUCUGAAGACCGUCAAAGACAUGGGCGACCAGACAGCUUCCAAAACCGGGUGGAAGGUGAAGCAGUCAGACAGACGAUCGUCCAGCCCUCAGAACUCCACCUCCAGCUCAUCAUCUUCUAUGAAAACAGACCAGUCCUCUUCAGCAGCUUGCAAGAAAACAUCUCAGAGGUCUGACAGACUCAAUGCAAGGCAGCUGAAGCGGUCAAAAUGUGCAGAGAUUGACGUGGAAACUCCAGACUCCAUCUUGGUGAACACCAAUUUGCGGGCCUUGAUAAACAAGCACACUUUCUGUGUGUUACCCCCGGAGUGCCAGCAGCGCUUACUGAUCCUUCUGCCAGAGGUGGAUAGGCAGGUGAGUGCUGAUGGACUGAUGAAGUUGAGCAGCUCGGCCUUGAAUAAUGAAUUCUUUACAUCUGCAGCUCAGUCCUGGAAGGAAAGAUUAUCAGAGGGUGAGUUCACACCAGAGAUGCGACUGAGAAUACGACAGGAGAUAGAGAAAGAAAAGAAGGUGGAGCUGUGGAAGGAAGAUUUUUUUGAGAGCUACUAUGGCCAGCAUUCUGGUCUAAGCUUGGAAGAAUCAAAAAUGCUUACAGUAGCCACUAAGGAACCAGAAGCCAUCAUACAACAGCCCAUCCCUUUAGCCCCCAGGCAGACGCCUGCAAUGAAGACAGAGGUGGAGGCCGAGCUCAAGGAGGAACUCAAGGCUAAAAUAGACAAAAAAUCUGCCUCUGAAAUUAAGAAAGAGGACAAGAAAGCCUGUGGAACAUUAGAAAUUUUAAAGACCCAUCCCAGAAAUAAAACACUUAAAACAGAGAGGUCACAGGCCAGAGCAAGCCCUGAAAAGACUCCAGAAAGCCCUGUAGUCGAGAAGCCUUUUGUGGAUGUAGCAAAGGUGGUUUCAGCAGCAGUUAAUGUCAAAACUGAGGACAAAGCAAAAGAGAAAGAGUUCCUGACGAGAGAAUCACAGGAGCAGGGUGGAUGCAAACUAAAGGUGUCUCCACAGACCACUAAAAUACCCAGUCACGACAAAAUGGAAGUGACCAUGACACCAGUGGACAAGCAAGAGGGUGAUAGAUCCAGGAAGAUGCAGGAGGCGGAGCAAAUGGAAGUCACCCAGGCGGGACUGAAGAGAAAGUCCCCUAGUCAGCAGGAGGAGGUGCUGUCAAGCCCUGAGAAGAGGCCCCGGGUGUCAGAGCAGCAGCUAUUUCGGACUCCUCCCAAAAGCCCUCACGACAGCAGGGAAAACACUCCAGAGCCAAAGGUCCCUCCACUAAAGAUUCCAGUCUCAAGGAUCUUACCAGUGGCAGCCCCUGCUGGUCAGGUCUCUCCCAGGGCCCCAUUCACAUCCCCUAUCACCAGUCCUGGGCGUACAGGGGCACGCACCUUGGCCGACAUCAAGGCUAAAGCCCAGUUGGCCAGGGCCCAGCGGGCAGCUACUGCUGCUGCAGCAGCCGCAGCAGCCACAGUUUCAUCUUUGGGGGGUUCCGUGCCGGGCCCUGGGCCGGGGGGAGGAGGUGGCCCUAGUGGGGCCAGUGGCACAGGAGAUGCAGUUAGUGAGCCGGGUACAGCAGAACUGGGAAGAGCUAGAGGAAGAGGAGCUGCAGGAGGGAUUCUUCCUGCCAGUCCAGAGGCCCAUGCGAAGAGCUUAUCCUUCAAUGGCUGUGACUCGAGAACACAACUACAGCAAACCGCCACAUCAGAGGCCAGAGCCUGCUAUACUAGCACAGCCUCAAACUCGUUGUCUGCAGGGUCCCCACCAGCCACCACAUCUCUAAUAGGGAACUCCAGCACAGAAAACACAGCUAGUCCAUUAUCGACUUCAUCGCAAUCAUCAAAGUCUGGCGGAGCAUCCAGUUUCACUUUUAAAGAGCAAUCAAAAUCAGCAGCUUCUGCUCUAGAUGUAACUCAGCCACCAACACAGUCAUCAACAGUACCAGUUAAUGAUGACAGUGAGACUGACAUUGACAAAACUGGGAAAGCAAUAAUUACAGAAAAAGGUAUUGAUUUGUCUAAGGAAACAUAUGCAUCUCCUUUAGUACAACAGCCGUCAGCCUCAGUUGUCUCCACGGUGAAGCCCCCUGACACAGUUUUGGCCUCUAGCAUGCCUACUGUGUCUCCGCAUUCUAGCAUUGCAGUAACCCUUGAGACUUCAAGCAGUAUUCUCUCCACAGCAUCGAGCCAAAAGAUGCCAGUAACCCACCCUGCAGACGGGCCUGUAACCAAGACUAGCUCUUCGAUCCCUGCAAACAACCCACUUGUCACCCAGCUUCUGCAAGGAAAAGAAGUCCCCCUUGAGCAGAUACUUCCAAAAACCCUAACCAGAAAUGAAGUGAAACCACUUAUCGUGGCCUCGGGUGAUAAAGGGAAGGUGUCCAAUACUACUACAGUGGUGGUGUCUGUGGCAAACCCAGUACUCUAUGGAAAAGCGGUCAACUCACAAAGGCAUUUGUGGCCAAGCCAGGUGAUGAUGGAGAAGGUGGACCUUGCCCAACAACAAAGAGAAAUGCUCAAUAAGACCACACAGCAACAAAUACUGCAGACCCUCAUUGAGAGGGCCCAGGGUCAACAUUUUAUCCCAGUGUCACAUCCUUCACAGCAGGGGUUCUGCCACUUUGACCUCCCAAUAGAAGAAAAUUCCAGCAGUCAAAGAUUUACAUUGGGUUUCAUGGGUCGGAAAAGAACCUCCAAGCCCGCCAUGUCAGGCCAUUACCUUCUCAACAUCUCAACUUAUGGGAGGGGUUCUGAGAGCUACAAACGGGCUCAGCUGGCCAACACAGAGAACCGGCUGGGAAUGAAUGUCCCCUUUUCUGUCUUGAAGAAGGAAUUCAAAGAAGGUGAUAUGACUGCUGGGGAAAAUGAAGAGCAACAUGCAUUUGAAAGAUCUGAUGAUUUGGCAGCAGGCCGGUCUGAACUUUCAGCUGUCAAGAAAGAGCAGCAGGGGCCUCUGGAUGUGGAAAGAAUUAGAGUGAGCCCAAGUAACAUGCAACCUGAUGCAUUGCUUGAUGUCAGUUACAAUCACAGGGUUAAGCUUGAGUCUGCCUUGAUAGAUCAGUUACCAGACAGGGAGGAGGGCUCAGCCCUGUCAGCCAGCAACAAUGCUGUGGCCAUAGCCAAAGAAAUUGACCAAGUAUCCAAGUCUAGCAUAGCUCACAGUGAAGCUGGCAAUCAUCCGCUGGGUAACUCAGAACUUUAUCAAAUGCCAGUUUCUGCGGGAAACCACCAGCGUCAAGAAUCUAUUUGCCACCAGAGGAAGUUAUAUGAAAACCAUAGCUCAGAGGUUGGACAUUUUUAUGGUGGUAAAAUCAAUGUGUCUGCAUCACAUGCCCUGAAUCACAGUUCCAAGGCACCUGGGAACUCCCCAGGCUACAGCCCAGUAUCAAGCAGUGCCGGAAGUGUCAUGUCUUUUUCAGUGACUGUCACAACAAUUCCUGCCAGCCGUACCUUAGACCAUGUCAGCCAUGGGGAAAGAACACCAAUGCAGGCUUUCACAGAAGGCGUCGGUAUAGAGGACUCUCCUUCAGACUGUUACUGCAGGCUGAAAGCCAUGAUCAUGUGCAAGGGUUGUGGAGCAUUUUGUCACGAUGACUGCAUUGGCCCUUCCAAACUGUGCGUCUCAUGUCUAGUGGUGCGAUAAGAAAAAGAAAAAAAAAACACUGAUUGGUUUAAAUCAGGAUUCCUUAAUCUACUCUCUCUCUCUCUCUCUCUCUCUCUCUCUCUCUCUCUCUCUCUCUCUCUCUCUCUCUCUCUCUCUCUAUAUAUAUAUAUAUAUAUAUAUAUAUAUAUAUA